AUGCCACCUACAGCAUACCUGGCUCCACCGAGACCGAUAUCAUUACAAGCGAUUUUGGACGAAAGUUCAUCGAACAGUGUUUCUCCUUCUAUAGACUUGCAAUGGGAACCAUUCCAAAGACAUGUAGAGGCUUUCUUGACUGCCGUUGACUCAUACACGCUAGCUGCAAGAACGGAAAUAGCUGCUAGAGCGACUGAUCAUGUCGUUACUAUGAGAGAACUGAAAGCUGAAACAGAAGAGAUGGAAAGAAGAAUACAACUUGAAAGAGAAAGAGAAGGUGACAUGUUAUCUACGCUGGAAUCGGAACGACAUACAUUAUCAGAUCUGACUUCAUCGCUUACACACCUCCAAUCGUCCCUCCAAAAAGUCAAAGAUCAAUCAUCAAAUCUAGAGUCGGAAUUGAGUUCAUUGAGGAAGGAAGUCAAAUCUGAUCGAAGUGAAAAAGAAAGACAGAGUAAAAUGUUAGAUGACAUGAGACAGAGAGAUGAUGUAGAAUUAAGAGAAUUGGAAGAAAGUAUAGGAUGGAAAGUUGAUGGUAUAAGAGAGGACCUCUUACUCAUGCGUUUCACUCUUCUCGACGCAUCAGAUCCAUCAAAGGAAUUCUCCAUCUUGAUCGAUGUUUCAAAACAGGAUUACUCAGUACCAAAUUGCGAUCCACCUUUACCUACUUUACCUGAUUUGGUACGUCAGCUAAAUCACGAUAGAGAAUUUUACAUAUUCAUCAAACGAGUUCGAAAAGCGUUCAGAGCAUUGAUACCUAAUCCUGCGCCAUCAACGAAAUUCGAUGAUCUCUCUGGUCCAGGUCUAGGUCUACGAACGCCAGCAGUCGGAAAUAGAGUUAUAUCAGCUACUACUCCAGCCGCAAGGGAAGGUAUAGUUGAUGCGAGUGCAAUGGAAAGUUUGAGCUUGGUCAAGUAA